AAAGAUGGUGGGGCCGGGGUCAGCGGGCGAGUGAGGCUGGAGACCUCCCCCGGAUCCCCCAUGCUGGGACACGGGGGACGGGGGCCUCCUCAAGUUCACUUCUCCUGGGUCCCCUGUUCGUCCCAGCAUCCCCAGGCAGUGCUGAGGCCCCGGGGUGGCUGCGGGAGGGGGGCCACACCCCUGUAUCUCACCUAGCGCAGACCACACGCUUCCAGACACCAGCAGAUGGAGGCGGCACCUGCUCCCGUCCCAGGCCGGAGUUUGCAAGCUGCUCGCCGCCCGCGCCCCUCCCUGGGAGCAGCCCGGGACCGCGGUUGGAAAGGAGAAAGCGGAAAGAAAGAAAGAAAAGAAAAAGAGAGAGGGAGAGUGAAUCUGGGAGAAAGCGCAGAGGGAAGAGCAGCCAGCGAGUGUCCGGAGCGAGGAGGAGGAGGAGGAGAAGGAGAGGGGGAGGAAGAGGAGGAGGAGGAAGGCUCGGCGCCCCCUCCCUCGCCGCCAACCUGCCGCGGGGCGUGCGGUGCUUGGGACCAUGUGCCCGCGCUCGCUCCGGGCCGCCACCCAGCGCCUCCGGUGGCUGCGCGGGCGCCCCAAGUGUCCGUGUGUCUGCGGCGGGUGGGCGUCCGGCUCGCGCUGCCAAGCGCCCCAAGUUGCCGCCGCGCCCCGCAGCGGGAACGCGAAGCCGGCGCGGGGCGGGUGUAUUUACCUGCCGCCAAGACCUUCAUUAUGGGCUGCACUUCAGAGGGCCUUGGAGGAAACCUCAGAUGCCGGCAGUUUUCAGAGGUUCAUGCUCAAAUGGGGAAUUUGCCUGAUUUAUAUACUGGAGCCUGUGUUGUAAGACAGAAACAGCUAUAUUUAGCCGGGAUCCCCAGUCCAGGAAGUUGUUUGAGGUGCAUCAUAGGAAAUUAUGAAUGGAAGAAAGUGAGAGUGGGGGGGGGGGACGAGUGAGGGGGGAGGGUGGGGAGAACAGACUUUUUCCCUCUUCUAAGAAUUUGAUUGAUAAAAUUAUAAUGAAGCCUUCGA